AUGACAAUCUCACGGGCUCCUGCAUCCUCUCAGCCAAUACUCUUGGUAUUGGAAGCUCGCCCACCUCCAGUCGACGAGGAACGCCCAAAUACUCAUCCACGCUGCCUACUCGACUUUCUGGACAUCAACUUUGACUUCCCAAUGGACUAUGGCGGUGAUGGAAGCAGCAAAGAUGAGCUGACACCACCUGUUUCUAGAGAGAGGACCCCUCCUCUUCCUCCUCCUGCCGAUCUACUCUGGACUCAUGUUAACAUUGAUGUACGUAUUCCCACACUUCAAAACAAUCAGCCAGACGAGGACAACAGUGAAGAGCCUUACAAGCCACCCUCUCUUGUCCCUAAGGCCUUCAAGGAGCGAGCAGAGGUUUGA